ACUGCAGCCCACCCACAAACUGUUUCAAGUGCUCACCCUUUCUCUGCCGUCGGAUCGCCAGCGCCUCUAAUCACUUUUACAUCUUCUGAAAGUUCCCUACCCAGCAGCACGCCCAGCCACCAUGGGCUGUUGUAGCAGCAAGACAGCUGAUGAAACCGACAACGGCGGCAGGAAAUCGAACCCCAAUGCCCCAGCCAACCUAAAGCUGUCCUCGCCCGUAACCACAAAGCCACCAGAGAGCAUUCCCGGCAGAGGCAUGCCUCUUCACCUCCAGACUAGCAACAGUCACUCCAUCGGUUCUGGGAGUGCCACUUCGCCCACCGGGGUAAGAUACUCCACCGACCCCGGCUCUGCCCCUCCCCCAACAGCCAACAACGAGCAGAAGGCGUACGUGGCUCGCUACGCGUAUCAAGCACGGACAAAGGAGGACUUGAGCUUUGAGAAGGGAGAGAGGCUUCUGGUGGUUGGUGUACAGGAGAGUGACUGGUGGAUGGCCAAGUCUCUCAAGAGCCAGAGGGAGGGAUACAUUCCAAGGAACUAUGUCGCUGAAGCACUAAGCUACGAGGCUGAAGAUUGGUUCUGGGGUGAUAUUCCGAGGGCAGAGGCAGAAAAAUGGUUACUCGCCGACAUAAACAAGAACGGAACAUUCCUGGUUCGAGUCAGCUCAUCUCAGAAAGACUCUCUCUCGUUGUCCGUCAGAGACGGAGAGAGCGUGAAACACUAUCGAAUUAGGAGAUUUGACGACGGAUCUUAUUAUGUGGCGACUCGAAUCACUUUCAGAUCUCUGCAAGACAUGAUAGCCCACUAUAAAACUCAAACGGAUGGCCUGGCGCAGACGCUCUCCUGCCCUUGUCCCAGAAAUGCACCAAACACUGCCGGUCUCUCGUACAGAGAUGAGUGGGAGAUAGAACGAGCGACGCUCAAGUUCACCAGGAAACUGGGCCACGGGAACUUUGGGGAGGUGUGGGAGGGACUCUGGAAUGGUACUACACAGGUAGCCAUCAAGACGCUCAAGACAGGGACAAUGGAGGUGGAUGACUUCAUCAAGGAGGCUCAGGUGAUGAAGAGACUGACUCACCCCAACCUCCUCCAGCUCUACGCCGUCUGCACCCUGGAGGAGCCAAUCUACAUCGUGACCGAGCUCAUGAAACACGGGAGUCUCCUGGAGUACCUGAGACGAGGAGAUGGCCGCUACGCCACCAUCCACCAGUCCAUCGACAUGAUAGCCCAGAUCUCCUCAGGGAUGGCCUAUUUGGAAGAGCACUCGUACAUCCAUCGUGACUUGGCAGCUCGCAACAUCCUCAUCGGCGAAGGGAGUGUCUGCAAGGUGGCGGACUUUGGGCUUGCCAGAGUCAUCAAGGAAGACAUCUACAAUCCUCGAGAAGGGACAAAGUUCCCGAUCAAGUGGACGGCACCGGAGGCUGCACUGUACAACCAGUACACAAUCAAGUCGGACGUGUGGUCCUAUGGUAUCCUCAUGUACGAGAUCAUGACAAAGGGUUCCAUGCCUUACCCUGGGAUGAGCAACAGGGAGGUUCUAGAGCAGGUUGAAGAUGGUUACAGAAUGCCCAGGCCCGACGGCUGUCCUGACGCUCUCUUCAACAUCAUGUUCUCAACCUGGGACAAAGAGCCAGAGAAACGCCCGACUUUCGAAUAUCUCAAGAACACUCUCGAGGACUACUAUGUGUCAGCUGCAGAGGGUGCCUAUAGAGAGCCUGGGGCCGGGUAGCCGAGAGAUUAGGAGGGACUUCUUUAUUGAUAGUCUAAACUCUAGCUAUUUCUGUGCAAGCAACAUGAUGUAUCGUUUUUAAACACUGUAACACUGUGUCUCUAUGCUGUAAUAAUGAACGAUUGCCGACUUUUUGUUAACUCCUUGUGAAAGACACUGAAAAUCUCAUAGCUGAAUCUACUGAAGCAUUUACGA